CUCGGGCGGAACGGAAGCUGCUGGUUCAUGCUGGGUUUACGAGAGAGAUUCGGGCCCGGGUUAGCGAAGACAGAGAGACACCAUGAGCCGGGUGAGGAGCUCGCUGCCGCCUCUGGUCCCGGUGUUCGUGCUGCUGCUGCUGACUCUGGUACCGCUCUCAGAAAGCAAGUUGACGUUAAAAGACAGUCCAAGUUUCGUUGAAGUAAUGUAUAAUGAAAAUUGUCUUCUGAAUUGUGAAAUUGCUGAAUUCACUGGGUCCGAACUGACUCCACAGAACUUGGGCAUUUUAUGGUCUUUCACUAGUGACACCAAAAAAUCGAAUGCAUUUGUCUACAAUUCUGGCAUAAUAACUGAGAAAUGGAAAGAAGCUGAGCUACUGACCAGCUCCAUUAUACGUGGAAACAUGUCCCUGUUGCUCAAAGAUGUUGUUAAUAAACAUGCUGGACAGUACCAAUGUGAAGUUUAUAUUCCACCAAAUGAUAAAGCCACUAAGACAGUAACACUUGAGGUUUUAGCCCGGCCUACAGUAAUUGUGACUUCAGAAAAAAUUGUGGAAGUUGGAACAGGUGGAGAGAUGGCCUUGGGUUGUCAGUUAAGUGGGUAUUAUCCUUGCGAAAGCAAUACGGAAUGGUUGCAGACAACCCCAGCAGAAGGAAAGCCAAACGUGUUGACUGAUAUUUGCACUGCCCCGCCAGUCAAAAACCCUGAUGGAACAUGCAACAUAACCACUGAGGUUAGAUUACAGCCUGGAGUAGGAGACAUUGGCAGCACUUUCACAUGCCGUGUCUCUCACAAGUCUUUUACAAAACCACACCAGGUGGAAGCUUUGGUGACUUUGAAAGAAGCUGAAAUUCAUUUGUCCCAAGCUUCAAUAGUCGGAAGCAUCAUUGGGAGCAUCAUUACUUCUAUUUUUGUACUCGGACUAGGAACUUAUUUCUAUAUGCGGUUCUAUUAUAAAGUUGCACCAAACGUGUCAGAAAUUCAAAAACCUGUGCAAAUUAUACAUCAAGAACCUGCAGAACUUAUUUGCCAAGUGUCUGGAUUUCAACCUCGUGUUAUUACAAUUGCCUGGUAUUUGAAGAGGUUGAAUGAUGCUGAAAUGAAGUUGAUUGAUGAAUGGCAAGACAGCAACAUAUUCAGCUUUGCUUUAAACAAAGACAAGAAAAUGGAAAAGGUUGACAAAAGGAAUGAAACUGGUGACGAUGUUUGGAAAGUCAGAGCAGGCAGUAUCCAGAAAAAUGAUGAUGGAACUUUCAGCAUUUCCAGCAUUCUGGAGAUUCAUCCUGACAUACUUAUGGACAAUGAAGCAGAAAUCACAUGUAAAGUGAUGCAUCCAUCCAACAGGGAAGCUAUCUAUAAAAAGAUCAAACUACAUGUUGAUGGAAUUCCUCCUAAGUUGGCUCACAUAAUUAAGCCGCCUAUUGUACAGCAUGACAGUUCUGUGACGCUGACCUGUCCAAUAAAUUUUUUCAAGCCACAUCCUCUAAAGAUCACAUGGUAUAAAGAAAUGCGUGGAGAGAAAAUCCCUUUGCUGCUUUUAAACGAUGCAAAUGAAGAAAAUAUGUAUCCAAAUAAAUAUUCCCAUUAUAUGACUGGAUUUAAUUAUUCUGACCACACUUGCAGUGUCUACAGCAUGCUGCUUUUUAAUGCAACAAUCCAAGAAGAAGACAAAAGUCAGUACUUCUGUAAAGUUGAACACAUUGGCUUGAGCAGUCCAGCAGAGGAACAGGUUCACCUGGACAUAACAGCUUUCCCGUCUCUUGAUGCCAUCUUAAGUGACCCUUUGAACCCUGUAAUUGGAAAAAUGUUGACUCUAACCUGCAAAGUGCAUUCCUUUUAUCCUGAAAGCAUUACUGUCCAUUGGUUGAAAAAUGAUGAGGUAGUGGAAUCACAAACACCUGAAACUGUUCAAAAUUCCGAGAAUGGAUUGCACGAAGUUACCAGUUCAUUAAUAAUUAUUCCAACCUUAUCAGACGUACAGUGUAAAUAUAAAUGCCAGGUUGAUCACAAGAGCCUUAUGUAUCCAAGAUUUGUAGAAUAUAUUCCUGAACAUUUAGUAUCACAUCCUCAAGUAUCUGAAAUUACAAGCAAUUCUGCCAACCCUGAAGUAGGGAAAGAGUUGAUUUUAACCUGUAAUAUAAGUGACUAUUAUCCAGAGGAUAUUCAAGUUGAAUGGUUCAGAAAUGAAGUGACAAUUAACAAUAACGUCAAAUAUGAGAAAAUUGCAGAGCAAAAUUCCUGUAAAGAUGGUCUGCACAGCAAAGUCACCACAGUAACUUUGACUCCAAGUACAGAUGAUCAUCAAGUUGAAUAUAGGAUCGAAGUUUGCCAUUCAAAAUCUUCAACCAAACCUAUUAAGAAAUGUUUCCAGCUAUUUCUUAAAGGCUUACCCAAAAUUUCAGCGUUCAGGAUGGAGCCAGAGAACCCUUCCUAUGGACAGCACCUAUCAGUGUCUUGUUCAGUUUCUGGAAUUUCCCAUCAGAAUGUUACAGUGGACUGGUAUAAAGAAUCUCAAUUAAUUAAAAAAGGAGUCACAAAUACAAAGCCUAUUCUUAACUCUGACAAAGCCUACAAGAUAGAUGCGUGUCUGAAAUUUUUAGUGACUGCAGAAGACUUUGCAAGAAAAUUAUUCCUUCAGUAUAAAGACAAAGACAAAGGUGAUCAAUUUAGACAACAUAUUCACCUUCCCCUCCAAGCUGUGACUCCUGAAGUAUCAGAAAUAGAGUGUCGACCUCCUCAUCCCAAAAAGGGUAAAAAAGCUCAUCUUCACUGCAAGAUUGAACAUUUUUGUCCCAUGGAUAUACUGGUUAUUUGGAGCAAGGGAUGGACAGAAUACAAGGGUGAGAAAUACACUGAAAUACCCAAAAUCGAUGAGAAGGGACUUUACUCUACAGAUACAAUGCUACCAAUUGACGUAGUUGAAGGCAGAACAGAAUACACUUGUGAAGUUCGGCAUCCAAAAACCAAUGAUAUUGUAGAGAAGACGUACGUUCUGCAGGUUUAGAUUCUCUACCCUACACAGGCAUCUAACUGAAGGAUACUCUGUUUUAUGAAAUGGAGCGCUUGCAAUUUCAAUUGUGCAUAUUAAGAAUGGAAUAUUUUUAUUGAAAUAAACAAAGAUUAAUUAGCAUCUGUGAAAUCACAAUUCAACAGGAAUUCUAUACAUGCUAUGUUCAGUUGUAAACUGUGAAAUUGAAUUUAAAAACUGAAAAUUUGUCUCGCACUGAAGAAAACAUUCCACAGAAGCUGUUAGAUUGUCAGAAGCCAACUUUUAUUUAUUUGAUUCCAAUCUGAUGUUAGAUUGCUCAUUUUGGGAAAACACCAAGGAUUUCAGACUUUUAGAAAAUCUUUGAUCUCUGACACCCUUGGUGCUGUUGGUGCCUUCUGAAGUGGCCUGACAAACCAGUGAAAAUGGAGAUUGAUGUUAAAUGUGACCUCAGUUGCAGAGCCUGUAAUCAUUGAAGUAUAGCAUGGUUAUUUCUACCUUAUGCAGAUAUAAUGAGAAAUGUACAUGAAUGUAUAUAAUUGUGUAUCAUGUUCUGUUAUGGAACUAUGAUUAAAUUGAUCAGCUUGACUGGUUUAACAGUUGCAACACUAAAGCACAAGUCGCUUCAGGAUGUAGAAGCAUCAGGACAGAUGAUGCCCUAGUGAUAUUAUUAAGCUAGAGGACCUGGGUUCAACUCCUGCCAUGGCAGAUGGUGGAGUUUGAUUUCAGUAAAACCCAAAACUGGCAAUUAAGAAUCUAAUGAUGAUCAUGAAACUGUUGAUGAUUAUCAGAAAAACUCAUCUGGUUCAUUAUUGUCCUUUAGGGAAAGAAAUCCACCAUCAUUAUCUGGUCUACACGUUACUCCAGACCCACAGCAAUGUGGUUGCCUCAUUGAUAUCCACAUCGCUUUAAUGAAUAAAAGUAAUCAUGAGCAAGACUAAGCCUAUUUGUCUCCAUUAGCCCAGCUAACUCCUUAAUCCCAGAAAUCACUCAGGUGAACCUCAAUGCAUCUCAAAAGUAAAAUGACCAAACAUUUACACACUACUACAGGUGUGAUGUUACCAAUGCACUGUACAACUGAAUAUUUCAUUUGCCUUGCAAUAAAUGAUAGUCAUUGUA